AUGGCCAAGCUGGACGACUUCCUCGGCAAAAAGAAGGAGGCCGCCCCCAUCCUCGACCUCUCGAAGACGGUGGUCGGUAGCAGCGAGGAGUUCAGACGGCUGCUCGAAAAAGUGCCGGACUUCAAGAUAAAACCGGAAAAACCCUCGACGGAGGCGGUCAAACUGCGAGACAAGGGCUGGAGGUUCAAGUCGGGCAAGAAGGACCUGAAGCGUAGCAGGGAGGCGUACGCGUUCGCGAACCCCCUCCCCGUCGAGAUGCAGGGUUUGAGACUGGACGACCUCUCCGCGGUGACCAUCGACUGGAAGAUGCUGACCACGGAAAGGCCCAAGACCAAGACGGAGGAAAACUACUUCUCCAGGUUGGUAGAACUGGGCAAGUCGCAGCGCAGGACGAGGGCUCAGGAGAAGCGACAACUUCAAAUGGACCCACAGGUGCGCAGGAUCAAAAAUAAAUCAGGGGUGCUCGAGAUGAGGGUCGUGUCUUGCGCAGAAUGCGGCGAAGACUUUUGCAACGGUAAAGUGUGCUGCAAGUUCGGGUACGAUUCUUUCGCGAGGACGCCCGAGACGCCGACGACCGCGCAAAAGGCGAAGUCGCCGACCGGUGCGGAUAAAGUCAAGCGCAAGAUCAAGAGGAAGUCGAGGUCGAAGAGCGGGAAGAAGGGCGGGGCGAGGUCCAAGUCGCCGAGGAAGCGCAGCCCUUCUAAAAAGGGAAAAUGAACGGUUUCGCAGUUGAUUCCAGGAAAUAAAAACGAACCACGAGCUGUAGUCUUUUUUCCCGCGGUUCGCUACAUUUUUCAACAACCGGCAACGUCGCUUUGACGAAUUCAGUGUUCGGUAAGCACAA